AUGAAGACAUUUGGCUACAAGCAGAGUAACUCUGAUCAUACUCUUUUCUUGAACCGAAGAAAGGGCAAGCUGACUGCACUAAUUAUUUAUGUAGAUGAUAUGAUUGUAAUAGGAGAUGAUCAAGAAGAAGCAAAGAAGUUAGAGGAUUACUUGUCAUCUGAGUUUAAAAUGAAAGACUUGGGUGGGCUGAAGUAUUUUCCAGGCAUUGAGCUUGCUAGAUCAGAAGAAGGCAUUUUCUUAUCUCAAAGAAAAUAUGUCUUGGACUCACUCACUGAAAUAGGUAUGUUAGCUUGGAAACCUGCUGAUACGCUAAUGGAACAAAAUCGCAAGCUAGGGGAAUAUCUUAAUCAAGUGCCUGCCAACAAGGAGACGUAUCAAAGACUAGAUGGCAGACUCAUGUACCUAUCUUGCACACACCCAGAUAUUGCAUAUGCUGUGAGUGUGGUAAGUCAGUUCAUGCAUUCCCCAAGUGAAGCUCACAUGAAUGUAGUAUACCGGAUUCUUAGUUACUUAAAGUCAACUCGAGGUAAGGGAAUUAUGUUUUCAAAUAAUGGACACUUGGAGGUUCUUGGGUACACUGAUGCAGAUUGGGCAGGAUCUAUCACUGAUAGAAGAUCUAUCUCAGGAUACUUUACUUUUGUGGGAGGUAACCUUGUUACUUGGAGAAGUAAGAAACAAAAAAUAGUUGCUAGGUCUAGCGCAGAGGCAGAAUAUAGAGGAAUGGCUCAAGGAAUAUGUGAAAUGUUGUGGCUCUGUAACCUAUUGAAAGACUUGGGGUUCAAGCCUAAACAAGCUAUGAACCUAUCCUGUGACAACAAGGCAUCCAUAGACAUAGCACACGUACAAUCCAGUUCAACAUUACAGACCCAAACAUGUUGA